UGUCAUUUGUCAAGCAGCAUCUGCUAAGUACUACAAGUAGCACUCAUGCCGUUGCUGCUACAUACUAAGCUGCAACCGCCCGCCAUGGCGAUUCCUCCAGCAAUCUUGCUGUUGUUGCUCCUGUCCUCCUCCUUCGCGUCCAUCUCCUUGGCGCUCGCAGCGGCCGCGGGAGAGGACGGCGACGAGGAUGCCGCAGCUCUACUUGCCUUUAAGGGCGCCGCGCUCGGCGGCAGUGGCAGCCACGGCGCGCUCGCGUCUUGGAACGGCAGCGCCUCGACGUGCAGCUGGGAGGGUGUGACGUGCGGCCGCCGACGACGGGUGGUGGCGCUGAACCUGACCUCCUACGGCCUCUCCGGGACCCUCUCGCCGGCCGUCGGCAACCUGUCGAUGCUACGGACGCUCAACCUGGGCUCCAACUGGUUGCGCGGCGACAUCCCCGCGAGCCUUGGCCGCCUGCGCCGCCUCCGGACGCUCGACCUGAGCGUCAACACCUUGUCCGGCGUGCUCCCCGGCAACCUGACCUCCUGCACUAGCUUGACACGCCUGGUCCUCGCCAGCAACCACCUCACCGGGCGUGUACCGGCCGAGCUCGGCGACACCGUGACACGGCUCCAGGUGCUCGCGCUGAACAAUAACAGCUUCACGGGGCCCAUCCCUGCGUCGGUGGCGAACCUGACGUCCCUGUACUACCUCAACCUCGGGAUCAACAUGUUCGAGGGCCCAAUACCUCAUGAGCUCGGCUACAACAUCCCACGCCUUGGGUACAUCGACCUCUGCGACAACAGACUGUACGGCAAGCUCCCGCCGUCCCUGUACAAUCUGUCAUCGAUGAAGAGCUUUGACGUAGCAAAGAACGUACUGCAUGGAAGCAUUCCUGCUGAUAUCCAUGAUAAGCUCCCUCAGUUACAGUUUUUGGCGUUGUUCGAAAACCAGUUCACUGGGGCAAUCCCUUCCUCGGUCUCCAAUCUCACUGACCUCAAAGUCCUUGAGCUAUCAGGGAAUGGAUUCAGUGGCUUCGUGCCUCAUGAUUUAGGGAGGCUGAAAUUUCUGCAGAAUCUGCAGCUGAAUGGUAAUAGGCUUAAGGCAGGGAAGACGGAGGGGUGGGAAUUCAUCGAUUCAUUGGCAAACUGCAGCCAGCUAGAGGUUCUAGUUCUCAGUUACAACGAUUUCACAGGACAGCUUCCUGUUUCAAUAGCUAACCUCUCGACGACUCUUCAGGUGCUUGAACUAGCUGACCUUGGAAUCUCUGAGAGCAUCCCCUCAGACAUUGGCAAUUUGAUCGGUCUAAAAACACUACAUCUGGUGGAUACUAACAUAUCAGGUCUAAUUCCGGAGAGCAUUGGGAAGCUGGCAAACCUGACUGAGCUAUCCCUGUACAACAACAGCUUGUCAGGCCUUAUACCAUCAUCUGUCGGAAAUCUCACCAAGCUGAUCAAGCUAUUCGCGCACGACAACAACUUGGAAGGGCCUAUCCCAGGGAGCCUCAGUAAGCUCAACGGGCUGAUCGCUCUUGAUUUUUCAAUCAAUUACCUCAACGGUUCGAUUCCUAAAGAAAUUUUUGAGCUACAGUCUCUUUCGUUGUUCUUGAACUUAUCACACAACUCCCUCUGGGGACCACUUCCUUUUGAAGUUGGCAAUUUGGUUAACCUCAAUGUUCUGAGUUUGUCAGGAAAUCAGUUGUCUGGGCAGAUACCCAAAAGUAUCAGCAAUUGCAUAGUUCUAGAGGUACUUUUAUUAGACAAUAACUCAUUCCAAGGAAGUAUUCCUCAGUCUCUGGGUGACAUUAAGGGGCUCCGCAUACUGAACCUAACCAUGAACAAGUUUGCUGGUGUGAUCCCUAAUGUCCUUGGUAGCAUCCACAACCUGCAAGAGUUGUAUUUAGCGUACAACAACUUGUCCGGACCGAUCCCAGCAUAUCUACCGAAUCUGACAUCGCUGUCGAAUUUGGAUAUAUCCUUCAAUGAUCUGAAUGGCGAAGUACCCAAAGAAGGUAUUUUUAGGAACUUGACUUACUCGUCGAUAGCUGGAAAUAAUUACCUUUGUGGUGGAAUACCUCAGCUUCACUUAGCUCCAUGCUCUAUGCCUGCUGUCAAAAAGAACAGUAAAAGGUUGUCGAGGUCUGUUAGAAUAGCUCUGGCAGCAACUGGUGCACUCCUGUUCUUUGCUUUGUUAACUGCAAUUAUUCAGUUGAUCCAUAAAAAGCCUAGACAAAAGCAGAACAGCCAGUUCCUAGCCCCAGUAAUCUUGGAUCAAUAUGAAAGAGUUUCUUACCAGGAAUUGUCAGAUGGGACCAAGGGAUUUUCAGAGGACAAUUUGCUUGGAAAAGGAAGCUAUGGGACAGUCUAUAAAUGUAUGUUCUUUGAUGAGGGAACUAUUGCUGCUGUGAAGGUGUUUAACCUUGAACAGUCUGGAUCUACUAGAAGUUUUCUGGCUGAAUGCAAUGCACUACGAAGGGUGCGCCACCGUUGUCUCAUAAGGAUCAUCACGUGCUGCUCAAGCAUCAACCACCAAGGUCAAGAGUUCAAGGCACUGGUUUUCGAGUUCAUGCCCAAUGGUAGCUUAAAUUGUUGGCUUCAUCCAAAAUCUAAUGUGCCCACUAUGAGCAAUACCUUGAGCCUAACUCAAAGGCUGGAUAUUGCUGUUGAUAUUAUGGAUGCCGUAGACUAUCUUCAUAAUCAUUGCCAGCCACCAAUCAUUCACUGCGAUCUAAAGCCAAGCAACAUCCUUCUUGCAGAAGACAUGAGUGCCAGAGUUGGAGAUUUUGGCAUAUCAAGAAUCCUAUCUGAAAGCUUUAGCAAAACCCAUCAAAAUUCAAAUAGCACAAUUGGAAUAAGAGGCUCCAUUGGCUAUGUCGCUCCAGAGUACGGGGAAGGUUGUGCCGUCUCCACCCUUGGUGAUGUUUAUAGUAUUGGCAUAUUGCUGCUUGAGAUGUUUACAGGAAGGAGCCCAACGGACGAUGUGUUCAGAGAUUCAUUGGAUCUGCACAAAUUUUCAGAAUCUGCUUUUCCUGACAGAAUCUUAGAGAUAGCUGAUCCCAAACUGUGGGUGCACUUAGACACCAAUGAUAGCAUCACAAGAAGUAGAAUUCAGGAGUGUUUGCUUUCAGUCAUUGGGCUGGGCUUGUCCUGCUCCAAGCACCAACCUAAAGAGCGAAUGCUGAUAGGUGAUGCAGCCAUCGAGAUGCAUGCAAUCAGAGACGAAGCAUACCUGAUGUUUGCUGGUUCUCUUGCAGUCGAUAUGGAAGGGGAAGGAUAAGCAACACCUGUGCAGCACUUUGCAGAAAAAGCGAACAACUAGAUCUGAAGAUUGUGCAAGAAUAACAUACACUGCAGAUGGCGACUUGCCAGAAACAAGUUGACGCUGCAGUUGUAGCAUUCCGUUCUUAACAUCCUACCCUGCAUUAAGUUUAUAGAAUGUUUAGUAAUUGUAUGGAUAAAAUGGAAUCCAGAGGUCUUCUGAUGUACACAUUACAUUGGCAAGAAGACUUUUUAUGUGGAAAAUAUCAGCAAGCUGAAUGUUGAUCU